AAAAUAUUGUUAUUCUCUGGCUUUCGUGUGGCGAUAGGAAGACCAAGCAACCCCAAAUUCUACCGCUUUUGCGUAUUCUUCCGACCAACCAAAUAGAAAUUCUACACGAUCCACAAAACAACAGAUUCCCUCCUGACGCGUAUUAUCGCCUCCCCUUCUUCCUCGCCGCCACGGCGCCUCCUGCUCAACCGACGAACCCCGCCGGGAAAGCCGUGAUUUUCCGGCGAACCGACGGCCGAGAUGGUGUCCCACUUCGAUAACUCCAACUGGGUCUUCGAUAACGACUUGAUUAAUGACCUCCCCGUCCCUCUCGGCGGCGAGCUUCCUUCCCUCGACCCUCCGGUUCCUAUUUGGUCGGCCCAUCCUUCUUUCCCUGAUUCCGUUCCCAUGAGAUACAAUGUUCCGUUCAAUGUCCCGUUGGAGAACUCGGAAUGUGUCAAGGAAACUGGGUCUAGGAAAAGGGCGAGAGAUGAAUCUAGCAGUGCUCCACCUCCUCCUAGGUCGAAAGCAUGUAGAGAAAAAAUGAGGAGAGACAGGCUGAAUGACAGGUUCAUGGAACUGAGUGCGAUUCUCGAGCCAGGUAGGCCACCGAAGGUGGACAAAUCGGCCAUCUUAGUUGAUGCUGCUCGAAUGGUGACUCAGCUGAGAGACGAAGCUGUGAAGCUCAAGGAGUCGAAUGAGAGCCUGCAAGAGAAGAUCAUCGAAUUGAAGGCAGAGAAGAGUGAGCUGAGAGAUGAGAAACAGAGGCUGAAGACAGAGAAGGAGCAGCUCGAAAGGCAAGUGAAGGCCAUUAGUAUUCCUCCAACGGGAUAUCUGCCUCAUCCUCAUCCAAUGGCUGCAGCUGCAUUUGCUGCUCCCCCGCCUGGUUCAAUGGGAGGCAAAUUGAUGCCAUUUGUUGGGUAUCCUCAAAUGUCUAUGUGGCAGUUCAUGCCUCCUGCAGCUGUUGAUACGUCGCAGGAUCAUUCCAUUCGUCCUCCAGUUGCUUAAGCUAAAGCUUUCAGGCAAGGCUCUAUUACUGACUUCACUGGGAGCGGGACACCAAUGGCAACACCCUCGGUUGAUGUUUGUUUAUAGUCAUUCUUUAUUGGUAUGGUUUAAGUUAUUAUCAGAGUCGUUUUAAAUCGCAAGAGUUAAAACUACAUCGAUGCGGAACUGACUUGUUAAUCUGUGUUUCGUACUCUCUCUGUCACAAAUUUUGGCUUAUCAUUGCUACAAGAUUGUCGUGGAAGCAUUGAUGAGAUUCUUGAGAGAUUCAUAUAUGCUUUGUAAGGUUACUAGGUGAGGCCUCUUAUCAAUGGGCGUUCAUGACCAAAUUUUUGACUUACCUUAUGCCAAGGGCUUAAAUAUGAAAUCAGAAUCCAGUUUGUGCGCAAAAUUUUGCUUCUUUUCAACAGGGAGGUUUGAAUCACAUGUUGUUCCCGUCCCUGUAAUCUCUCCAGACUUGGAGAGCUCCAUAAAUGGUCAUCAAAACUGUACUCAUUGCCAUGACAAUGGCAACUGAGAACACUAAUAAGUCAAGCUUUUGCACCAUACUCUUGCAUGGUACUGUGCACCACCAGCAAUCCGAGAGCGACAUGAUGAAGCAUGUAGCCGAAAGGAUGAUGGCUGUGUUGAUGUGCUCCAUCCUCACUAGUAGGUUCUGAAUAGCAGACAUGCUGGAGGAGAAGAACACCAUGAAGGAGCAGGUUGCAGCUGUUACCUCUGCUACAAUUCCAACUUGAAGAAGGAGCGGGUUGAUCAACAUGCCACCUCCAAUGCCAAAAACUCCUCUUGAGGAUCCCUGCGAGCAGCGCCAUUAUCAGGAAGAUGAUCCUGUUAGUGGCGGCUCUGCUAAUUCUGGCCGAAACUUGCAUGUUCUCAUCGUUGUUGGUUGGCUGAUGA